AGAGUGAAACCUUACUCCUGCUCUGACUGUGUAAAAUGCUUCACAACAUCAACUGAGCUAAAAGUUCAUCAGAGAACACAUACAGGAGAGAAGCCUUACUCCUGCUCUGACUGUGGGGCGAGGUUCUCUCAACUAGGCAACUUAAAACAACAUGAACGUAUACACACAGGAGAGAAGCCUUACUCCUGCCCUGACUGUGUAAAAUGCUUCACAACAAUAACUGAGCUAAUAGUACACCAAAGAACACACACAGGAGAGAAGCCUUACUCCUGCUCUGUCUGUGGGGCGAGUUUCUCUCGACUGGGCACCUUAAAACAACAUGAACGUAUACACACAGGAGAGAAGCCUUACUUCUGCUCUGACUGUGGAAAGAGUUUCUCUCAACUGGGCCACUUAAAAAGACAUGAACGUAUACAUACAGAAGUGAAACCUUACUCCUGCUCUGACUGUGUAAAAUGUUUCAAAACAUCAACUGAGCUAAAAGUUCAUCAUGGAACACACACAGGAGAGAAGCCUUACUCCUGCUCUGACUGUGUAAAAUGCUUUACAACAUCAACUGAGCUAAAAGUUCACCAAAGAACACACACAGGAGAGAAGCCUUACUUCUGCUCUGACUGUGGGGCAAGGUUCUCUCGACUGGGCACCUUAAAACAACAUGAACGUACACACACAGGAGUGAAGCCUUACUCCUGCUCUGACUGUGGAAAGAGUUUCUCUCGACUGGGUAACUUAAAACAACAUGAACGUAUGCACACAGGAGAGAAGCCUUACUCCUGCUCUGACUGUGGGGCGAGUUUCUCUCAUCCGGGCACCUUAAAACAACAUGAACGUAUACACACAGGAGAGAAGCCUUACUCCUGCUCUGACUGUGUAAAAUGCUUCACAACAUCAAAUGAGUUAAUAGUUCAUCAAAGAACACACACAGGAGAGAAGCCUUACUCCUGCUCUGACUGUGGAAAGAGUUUCUCUCAACUGGGUGACUUAAAAAGACAUGAACGUAUACACACAGGAGAGAAGCCUUUCUACUGCUCUGACUGUGGGGUGAGUUUCUCUCAUCCGGGCACCUUAAAACAACAUGAACGUAUACACACAGGAGAGAAGCCUUACUCCUGCUCUGACUGUGGGGCGAGUUUCUCUCGACUGGGCAGCUUAAAACAACAUGAACGUAUACACACAGGAUAGAAGCCUUACUCCUGCUCUGACUGUGGAAAGAGUUUCUCUCAACUGGGUCAUUUCAAAAGACACCAAGGUAUACAUGAAGGAGAGAAGCCUCAUCAGUUCUCUCAGACCAGCUAAGAUUAGACACUCCACUUAAUUGUCAUGUCAUUAAAUAUUUGGCAACGUUGAAUUGGAUCAAAUGAAGAAAGCGUAGAAUGCUCUAUUGUAAUCCUAUACAGUUGAAGUCAGAAGUUAACAUACUUAGGUUGGAGUCAUUAAAACUCGUUUUUCAACCACUCCACAAAUUUCUUGUUAACAAACUAUAGUUUUGGCAAGUCGGUUAGGACAUCUACUUUGUACACGACACAAGUCAUUUUUCCAGCAAUUGUUUACAGACAGAUUAUAUCACUUAUAAUUCACUGUAUUACAAUUCCAGUGGGUCAGAAGUUUUCAUACACUAAGUUGACUGUGCCUUUAAAUAGCUUGGAAAAUUUCCGAAAAUGAUUUCAUGGCUUUAGAAGCUUCUGAUAGGCUAAUUUACAUCAUUUUAAUCAAUUGGAGGUGUACCUGUUGACGUAUUUCAAGGCAUACCUUCAAACUCAGUGCCUCUUUGCUUGAUAUCAUGGGAAAAUCAAAAGAAAUCAGCCAAGACCCCAGAAAAACUAUUGUAGACCUCCACAAGUCUGGUUCAUCCUUGGGAGCAAUUUCCAAACGCCUGAAGGUAACAGGUUCAUUCGUACAAAAAAUAGUAUGCAAGUAUAAACACCAUGGGACCACGCAGCCAUCUGUCACCUAGAGAUGAAUAUACAGCAAAGGACCUUGUGAAGAUGCUGGAGGAAACGGGUACAAAAGUAUCUUUGUCCACAGUCAAAUGAGUCCUAUAUCGGCAUAACCUGAAAGGCCGCUCAGCAAGGAAGAAGCCACUGCUCCAAAACAGCCAUACAAACCCUGACUAUGGUUUGCAACUGCACAUGGGGACAAAGAUUGUACUUUUUUGAGAAAUUUCCUCUGUUCUGAUAAAACAAAAAUAUAACUGUUUGGCAAUAAUGACUAUCAUUAUGUUUGGAGGAAAAAGGGUGAGGCUUGCAAGCCGAAGAACACCAUCCCAACCGUGAAGCACGGGGGUGGCAGCAUCAUGUUGUGGGGGUGCGUGGCUACAGGAGGAAAUGGUGCACUUCACAAAAUAGAAAAUUAUGUGGAUAUAUUGAAGCAACAUCUCAAGACAUCAGUCAGGAAGUUAAAGCUUGGUCGCAAAUGGGUCUUCCAAUGGACAAUGACCCCAAGCAUACUUCCAAUGUUGUGGCAACAUGGCUUAAGGACAACAAAGUCAAGGUAUUGGAGUGGCCAUCACAAAGCCCUGACCUCAAUCCUAUAGAACAUUUUUGGGCAGAACUGAAAAAGCAAGGAGGCCUACAAACCUGACUCAGUUACACCAGCUCUGUCAGGGGGAACGGGCCAAAAUUCACCCAACUUAUUGUGGAAAGCUUGUGGAAGGCUACCUGAAAUGUUUGACCCAAGUGAAACAAUUUAAAGAGAUGCUACCAAAUACUAAUUGAGUAUAUGCAAACUUCUGACCCACUGGGAAUGUGAUGAAAGAAAUAAAAACUGAAAUAAAUCAUUAUUUCUACUAUUAUUCUGACAUUUCACAUUCUUAAAAUAAAGUGGUGAUCCUAACUGACCUAAAACAGGACAUUUUUACUAGGAUUAAAUGUCAGGAAUUGUCAAACUGAGUUUAAAUGUAUUUGGCUAAGGUGUGUGUAAACUUCUGACUUCAACUGUAGUUUCUUACUAUGAGAGAACUUUACAGAGGAAAGGGAGCGUUAUAGAAUGUUAGCCUUUCUUUACUUUACGGACCAGUUUGUACCUUGUCAGUUUUGAUGUGUUUUGUUAGUUUCUACUGUAAAGAUAUUGAGAUUCCCUUAGGGUUGAAUAUCCUCUGUGAUAUGUCUCAAAAUGGAGUUUGAUGGUUGACUGGGUUGUACUACUUGCCUCUGCAGUUUUCUGUGGGAAUGAGCUGGUAGAAACAACAUACUCUUUUUAUAUACUCUGUUCACAAAACAUUAACAACACCUGCUCUUUUCAUGACAUAGGUGACCAGGUGAAUCCAGGUGAAAAACUAUGAUCCAAAAUAGUGUUGUUUUUGUGUAUUUAUUAUGGAUCCCCAUUAACUUUCAGUAGAAAACAAGAGACUGCAGUUGCAGUGGGCUAAGGAAUGAAAACACUGGACACUGGAGAAUUUUAAAAACAUUGCCUGGUCUGAUGAAUCCCGGUUCCUGCUCUUUCAUGAUGAUGGGAGGACUAUGGGGCGUAGGGUGUGUUUUCAGGGCACACAUUGAGCCCCUUGAUAAAAGUUUAGCAAUGUUUGAAUGCCACAGGAUAUCUAAAGCAUCCUUGCCAAUCUGGUGCAUCCCUUCACGGCAGCAGUGUAUCCAUCUGCAAAUUGAUUUGCAGGAUUAUCCCCCAUGCCACAAGGCUUGUCCAGGAAUGGUUCCAAGAACAUGACAAUGAAUUCAGUUUACUGCAGUGGCCUUCCGAGUCACCAGAUCUCAAUCCAAUUGUUCAUCUGUGGGAGGAGAUGGAAGGAGCUAUUCGGAGUAGAGAUCCACUCCCAGCCACAUUGACACAAUUGUGGGAAGCAUUGGAGUCAACAUGGGCCAGCAUCCCUGUGAACACUCUCAACACCUUGGACAGUCUAUGCCCCGACGACUUGAGGCUGUUCUGAGGACAAAGGGGGGUGCAACUCAAUAUUUGGAAGGUGUUCCUAAUGUUUUGUGCACUCUGUGUAUAUCAGAUAAAGAUGUUGUGGUGAUCAGUUUUCAGCUUUAGUUUGGGUGAAUUAUUUUAUAUUACUAAACAAUUGUGUUUAAUGAUAAACAGGCUAUGAAUCAACUACUUGUAUUUAUUAAAUUGUAUCUUAAUACUAGAUUCAUUAUUUUAGUCAUUGAUGAUGAAUGUAUUUGAAUAACUGUAUUGAAUAUAAUUGAUCUGGUGGCAGGUAGCCAGUGGUUAAGAGUGUUGGGCCAGUAACUGAAAGGUCGCUGGUUUGAAUCCCGAGCCGACUAGGUGAAAAAUCUGUCAUUGUGCCCUUGAGCAAGCCAAUUAACUCUUAUUUGUCCUGUAAGUCGCUCUGGAUACAAACAUCUGCUAAAUGACAAGAAUGUAAUGAAAAAUAAUGUUUGUACAUGAAUUCGUGCUGGGCAACCUUUUUUCUCAUGUGUAUAAUUAAAUGAAUUAAACUGUUUUUAGUGAAAUACUGUAUAUACAAUACACAACAUUGCCGCUUUGUUUACCCUGGAUAGAUGGACAGGACCAUAGUAGGCUAGAGCAGCUAAGUUAGAGUUAAUGUUAGUUAGCAUGCAAGUAUCCAGGCAGAGUUGCUUAUGUUAUCCUAGAGAAAAUAUAGUUUGCGACAUUAACGGAAACUGAUCAUUAAUAUAACAACCAUGUAAAAUCCUAACGUUUUCAAAAAUGUUGAUGCUUACAAUUAUCCUUGUGUCGUUGUGUUACUGUCUUGAGGAACACAUGUCGGGUGAAUGACAUGCUCUUUCUGCUACUCCC